AUGUUCCUCUGCUGUUUAUUCCAGACACAGUUCGGCUAUCUGGCUUUAGUAAAAUAAACUCAUGGUUACAGGGGGUAAAAAUAUCUCCUGCUCUUACAUCAGUACUCUCCGUGAUAUUUUUGGGAACUUCUCCCAAUCGCGUCGGAGUGAUUACUGGGUGUCCUUCUUUGCCAGCUCUGGUUUGUCGCCUGCAACGAUCAUGCGCAAGGGGGAGAGGCGACACGGUGCGUCCUGAGAUUUCGAUACAAACAUGUAAAAGGAAAACAGCGCGGGGGUGCAGCAGUAAGGAGGUCUUUGAAAGAUAAAAACAGCACACCGUGUGGUCUCUAGCACAAGAAUGACGGCCUGCGCUCGUCUCUGAGGAUAUGGAAGGGACCAAAGCGUCCCGUCCCGUCGCCUGUAUGAGCACAGCAGUGGCGGCUUUUCUGAACGCUGCAGUGUGGCCGACGGGAGAUCUGGCCGGGUUUGGAUAAUUUGCGCUUUCUGUAUGCCACCGGUCACUAACUGAAAAACAGUUUGAGUAGGGAGAUGGGAAAGUAUGCUGAACUGUAUCAAAAUAUAUUUCAAUUUAUGCUUUACAGGGCAGAAAUUGAUACAAAAUACCUUGGUGGCCAGUUUCUAAUAAUUAUUCGCAUUAAGUUGUUUUUAAAAAUGUUUUAUUUUAAUGCGCUGGAGGAAUGUGGAGUGCGUUUAUGAACGGCUCGGGGCUGCACGGUGGGGGCGGUGCUGGUGGGGGCUACGUCCCGUCUCAGGGAUGGGAGUUUGUGCCGUGCUCCAGGAUGGAUAAGGCAGACAGGGGCAGGGGCAAAAGCCACAGCCCGCGGAGGAGGAUCUCCUCUCCUCCCACCGUCUUCAGUCAGCUCUACGAAGCCCAGUUCGAUGCUACACCGCGUGGCGGAGAAGGUGGAGCAGGGGCGCAGCUUGAGGUCCUCAGGCGACAAAUGUGGCCGGGUCCGGAACCCCAGCAGCAGCAGCAAACGCCACACACGCGGCUUAAAAAGAAAUUUGAGGAUUUGAAAAAGAGACACGUACAGGACAAGGAAGAAUGGAUGCGCGAGAAGGAGUCAUUGUUGAGAGAAGUGGCAGAUAUACAAGGAGGGGAGAACAGGAGGAUUCUGCUGGACCUGAAGACAGUUUUGGAAGAAGUGCAGGCAGAGGUGAAGAGAGAGGAGGAGAAGAGGGGCGAGCUCCAGCUGCAGUACACCAGAGACAUAUGUGCCUGGGAGCUGGAGAAGGCUGAGCUCAAAUGCAGGAUUGCACAGUUGGAAGCUAGAGAGGGGGCCGGGUUGGUCAGUGGCGGGGUCCAGUUGGCAGCAGGUCCUGGCUCUGUGGCAUCACGAAGUGCUCGAGAACAGCACGGCGAGACCUCAACACUCCGCCAGGAGAGGGAAGUGCAGCGGAGGCUCCUGGCAGACACACAUUCAACGGCCAUGGACCUGCGCUGUCGCAUGGAGCACAAUGAGAAAGACUGGUUAAGGGAGAAAGCCGAGCUGCUUGAGAGGUUCGACGUGGAGAGGAGGGAGUGGGAGAGCCAGCUGAAGGAUAUGCAGAGGAAAAUAGAAGGGCUGUACUGUGAAGUGAGGGCCAAGCGAGAAGGUACCGAACAGGACAGUGGGAGGCAGGACAAUGAUGAUGUCGUACAUAGGCUCAGCGUACGCACAACCAGCACUGGUUCCAGUUUCCUCAGUGACAACUCCCGCUCUGAGCCGCUCAGCAGCAGCAGCAGUCAGCCAGAACCAACCAGACGUUCACCUUUACCUGUUUUUGGUCACAACCGUGGCAGUGGUUGUGUCGGCACAGACAGUCACCGCUCCACCUGCUUCGAAGUAGACAGCCUCUGUGAAUUAAAUGUUGGUGGUCAGUUCACUCAGAAUGACCGUUCACAACAUCAGCUGGUGCCUGAAUUAAGAUCCAGAUGCACUUGGCAGCAAGACUUGGGCACUGACAGCAAAGAAGCUGUGGAUAUAACAGAGCUGGAUGCUAUUUUUCAUGGCGUUCCUGGAUGCGGAGUGCAGCAGAAAAAUCUCUCUAAAGAAAAUGAAAAGAAUGUCCACGUGAGCCCCCGAGAAAGUCCUCUUUGGUCAGAGCUGAAUUACAGCAGCGACAAGAAGAAGAACACCACUGCUCUCAAUGCUGCUCUGAAGGAGAUAGCCCGUGUAAGCGAGGAGCUUUGUAGCUACCAGGAUGAGAUCAGAAAGAAGAGCGGGGAAAGGAGGAAUCGAUCUGAAUCCCUGAGCCUGCUGCAGGAGAGCGAGAUGCUGUUUUGCCAUGAUAAAUCCCCACUGGAGGCGGACGAAGCACCCUUUGACCUAAGCCAGAUUUACGAUGACCUUCGGGCCUUGGAGAGGGAAAACUGGAUCACCUUGUCACCAGAUAACACCUGGCGGGCCAACAGAAUGCCAAGCAAAUCCUGGAGAGCAAAUACCACUGACCCAGACAGCUACAGAGAAACACAGACGAGCCCUGGAGUACUCUCUGAGAUUGACACAGCGGCUCCACCCAUCCCUCCCCGCGUCUCCUCCUGGAACCUGAGUACCCCCACCCAUCUGGACACAGAACUCCACAUCCCAGAAUCCCCCAUGACGACAGUGAGGAAGUGCCAUAGCCCCUGUGUUCUAGGGGACAGAAAGUGUAGCAGCCCAUCUAUUGUCAGGAAGUUCGGGGCCAUGCUACAAGAAAAUGAAGGAAAAGUUUUAAUAGACGGUGUGGUAACAUCGUGCUCUGUGCCCGCUAACUCUAACUGUAAUGUCGGCUGCUGCCACAACCGCUGGUCAUGUGAUGCAAGCAAGUUCAGUAGCAGUAAGUUGUCUACAUACGGGACUGUCCAGAAAAGCUUCUCUGAAGUCAACAUAUUGACUGCUGGAAAAGACUUUGGUGUUGGGAACUUAAGCCCUGAGCUACAAAUACCUCAGACUGUCAAAGAAUUACCUGUCGAUUUGCUCAUAUCCUCGCUUGAAAUGUCACCUGCCAGCCUCCACAUCCAGGGCUCCAGAAGAAACAUAAUGCUGGAACAAAAAACAGCUGAGUUCAACAGAACUUUGUUUCAAGCUGAGAUGGGUCGUGACGUAGCGGAACAAGACAAUUUUACAGUACCAGAUGCCUGCUCUGUGGGUUGCCAACCACUCUACUCAGAAACUUGUGCAUCAGAUGAGAUUUUACCUCCCAAGGAGACAACACUUAAGUCACUUUGUACUGAUGUCACCACUACCGACACUGGUGUGCAUCCUGAAGUCCCAUUACCUCUCUCCACCUCAGAUUCCACAGUUCAUGAAGUACAGCCAAGGAGAUGUGGUCCUGAAGGUCAAGAGGUCAGAGUGAACCUUUCAUCUGAACAGCGGCAGACUGGACUUAGGGAAGAAACCACAGUAACCCCUCACAGUCCUACACACCAUUCUGAGGUCAAGCACAAAGUUCAAACAGCAAGCAGUCCUUCCAGGAAAACACAACAGAGAGCCGCCACAGAGGAUAUUUUUUCUGAGCCUGUCUUGCCUGCAAAUAACCAGCCAGGUCAGAAUGUGAAUGCUUCCAGCUUCAGGAGUGAGAUGAUUGGUGCAAAGCCUCAGCCAGCCAGAGUUGCUGUCUCACUCCAGUCUGCUGAGAACAAACAAAGACAGUUGACGCAGCCAGGGCACCAGGCACAGCCGAGGCAUAUGUCCGUUCCUCCUUCCCAGUCUGACUCCUCCAGACCUGGGCCUCGAAUGAUGAAUGACCAUCCCUGGAAGCCCCUCACUCUGGCUGCGUACCCACGGCCCGAGGGAUCCAGGUCCAACUACGGGGCAGUGGAAAGGAUUCUGAAGAAUUAUGAGAGUGCAGCCCGGGCUCAACAGAACCACAGCCAACAGGACGAGAUGGCUUCAAGUCUCAACACCAGUGUCAGGCAGGAGGAGAACGUCACAGAACUGGACAUACUGGACAUGGACCCUCUGCCCUUACCACCCAUGAUGAGACACACACAGACUUCACACGCCUCACAGACACACACCAGACAUGCACAGCUCAGCAGCCACAGUUCCAGUACCAUGGGUGUGAAAGAGGUGCAUCUAUCAGUGCAGGAGAACGAAGAGUCUUCUGUCUCCUCUUCCCCCGUGCAGAAGAACUUCUCGAGGCCCGCCCGUCCAGCCAACCGACGCCUCCCCUCCCGAUGGGCCAGCCGCUCCCCAACUUCCUCCUCCUCCACCUCUUCCUCUCCCUGCACCACUCCAGUUGUGCCUCAAUCCAUCCCCCUCCAGAAACACACUUCCUCCUUUACCUACUCACACGCUUUUCAUAUGGAGACUAUCAUCAUUUGAUCCCCACCUCACCAUGUGAACCAACAAGAAGCCUUUAGUGAUCAUUUCUGUACCCCGAGCCUUCCUUUUUUUCAUUACUGUUGUGCAUACCAAACCCAGACUGCUUCUCCACUCCUACAGACUCAGAAGUGCUUUUAGUUGUGCGUUCAACAACUCACCUUUUAGAAUGUAUGCAGCAUCCAGUGGAGGCUAAGGCAAGGAAAGCAAGAAAAGGAUCUGAAGCGGCUUCACAUAUUCAGCAGUAUGCUCUGAUUAACCUGCCAGGCAUCAUGUUUAGCCUCAGUGAAAACAUCACUUUCUACAACUAAUGCAUCAUUCAUCAUGCCAACCUGAAUGGAUAUCCUAUGCUCAGGUGUAGAUUCUUGUGUAGCCUUGCAAGAUCUAGCAACAGCAGACCCUUCACGACUCCUUCUGUCCUAUAUACUGUAUUUACACAUUAAAAGUGAUGCUAGCUCCUAUUCAAAUGAUCUGACAAGGUUUUAACCAAAUGAAAUCCAGAAUAAUGUCUUUAAUAUACUGUAUAUUGUGUGCAACAUGUUUUGUGUGCUUUUUGCACAAACUAUGUUGGAUGAACAAUAUGCAGCAUCAUGUUGGAUUCAGAGAUACAGGCAGUGGAGCAGAGAAUUUCCUCUAGCAUCACUGUCGGUGUGCUAAAUAAAGCAGUUUUCUACUGUCUUGAAUAUUACAGUACAUGCCCGGACUGUACCUUGCCUGUGACAAACAUUUUGCUUUACAUUCACAACUGGCUUUAUAUUUUUCAUGAUUACAGUAACGCAAAGACGUAAAUGUGAUUUCCUUUUUUAAUAACUUUGUACCAAAGGCUGGUUUCUUUAUAUGCAUUUUCCUGAUUUGAAACUUACAUGCAUUGUCUAUAAUGGCAUUUAUUUUUACAGUCUAUUUUGUUUUCCAGUUAAAGUAUGUUACAUCAUUUGUGAGAGCCUGCUUUAGUGCAUAGCAGAAAUGAUGAUGCUUGUGAAACAAACAACAAAAAGAAGCCUUUUUCUACCUUUACUAAUUCUGAAUAGUCACAUAUCAAGACAUUUCUCAGCUAAGUAGUACAGAGUGGUGGGUCAAAGUGGUGAAUCAUAUCAUGAUGAAGGUGAUGCCUUUGCUGUUCUUUUUGUGUAAUAAACAUAAGGACUAAA